CCCUCUGGCCCAGCCCGGCUUAGAUAUUGUCUUGCACUGCUUUUUAUUCGGCGGAAUGAUUAGCAAGUGAACAAAACUCCGCUGGCCAGUGGAAUAAACCAAAACAACGCGGCUAAUAGAGAAACAUAACUCUGACGAGAGCAGGAGUUUCGAAAGACUGCUUCGAAGAACUAAGUUGGCGAGAUCAACACUAUAAAAGCGCUGCCCACUCACAAACGGAAGUUAGUGAGCGGAAGAAGAACAUGGAUAGCCAAACGCAAGCCCUAAAGCUGCUGUUCCUUUGGACAAGCCUGGCCACCGGAAUUUUAGUACCGACGGGUGCCAUUAGAGACGUGCCAGUCGGCAGCCAGGUUUCGGGUGAACUUCUACAUCGCAGCAAGCGAACCAUGACGACAAUCUGCGUUGAGAUUCGGCCUAGUGGCCCGCAGGAUGAGCCCUAUUAUAUGUGUCGGGGUGCCAACUUCGGUGGCGAGAAUCCACAGCAAAGCUGCGUGGAGGUCAGGAACCAGGGCGGCCAAGGGGAGCCCUUUUACAUGUGCCGGGGGGCGGAAUCGGCAGGGCUUGGUCUUGGUCCUGAGGGCGUCCCCUCUGUAGAGCAGUCGCGGCCGGUAAACGAUCAUUCCGUUGUACAGCACGAUUCCGUUAACAACUUUCCGUGGUAUCCCGCCUUGGAAGGCGGGUCAUAUCCACAGCAGUCAGUCACAGGAGAUCCCGUUCACCAAGCCCAGCCAACGGGUCCGUCGACAUACCAGAAGUUCCAGCGAGAGCCUCUUCCUCAGCAGCACCAGGCCCAGGCCCAGUACGGAUUUAAUGGAAGUCCGAUUGCAGCCCCUGCGCCUGCACUUCCAGCGCAGUCUUAUGGCCUGCCAGAACUUUCUCACCCAAUUAUUGGCAGCCCGCCAACAGCUUCACCAGGAGCUUCAGCUGGCCCAGGCCCAGCGACCACGCCCGCUUCGUUUGAUCCAGCGUCGCCUGCGAGGUCGUCAAAUCGCCCCAGCGAGAACGGAAUAGCCGAAAAUAGUCGACAUCAAUUUAGGUUUCCUGAAGAUGUGCUGUCCGUUCCGGAUGUGGGGUUUAAGUGGGACGAGCCUAACCAGCGGUACCUUCGGCCAGGCGGGGUAGGGAACCAAGCCCGUCCGCAAGACGAGUUCAUGAGGGUUCCACUGUCCCAUUCACAGGAGCCCGAAAAUGAUCCGGUAAUGAAAGCUUUCUACAGCAGUUUGGCAGACACGGGAUACGCUACACAUGAAGCCUCAGCGCCAGCUGGUAACAAAGAAGUUCCUGGAGAACCUAGGGUGGGGAAAAUGACGCCGGGUUACAGUUCUUACAGUAGCCAGUAUCCAGAGGCUCCUGCUCCACCAUCGCUUCCGCCACCGCCUCCAAUGUACUCCCAUCCUGAGGCGUCGCCUUCUCCCAACCCAUACUACACAGGAUGCAGUGCUCCACCUCCGCCUUUUCCGUGCUCUGCGCCACAGGAUAACGGGGUGAGCUACAGUUCCUCAUGUCCAAGUUUCCAACCCGUCAUUAUAGCAAUGCCUUGCUACGGGCCUCGGCAACCGACGCCCUCCUUUGGUCUGCCGAGGGCCCCAUUUGGAACGAUGAGCAGGCAACCCAUGGCCACUCCCUUUGGCCUGGAUCCGGCGCCAGUGGCAGGUCCCUUUGGAGGUGCAUUUGGUAUGGGAAGGCCUUUUGGCAUGACUCCUCAGAUGGGAGCCCAGGGAUACGACAUGGAAAAUCAGGUCGGCGGCCCCUUCGGCAUGGGAAUGCAGUUGGGCAUGGGUCUAAAUCCAUUUGGUCCUUUUGGAGCUUUGAACCCCUUCAAUCCUUUCAACAGAAUCUUAGGAGCGUCACCGACCAAUGCUCCAACGCCCAAUGAUAACUUUUUUCAGCGGGUAUUCAAACUUGACGAUGAAACCACUUCAAGCCCAGAAACAGCACCCAACUCUGAAUCACACUCCGAAAAGCCAGGGAAGCUGAAUUUCUCCAGCAGCACUCCGACGCCUUCCAGCUCAGAACAGCCCGAUUCAGAUGUAGGAGAUGCCCAGGGAAGUCCCGAGCAUGAAGACUCUGUUGAAGACAUCGACAAGGAAGAUGACCAGGCGGUGACUACGACCACCCCAGCCUCGGAGGUCGAGGCAUCCGGCGACGGCCACGGCAUACAAGUCCUCGUUAGUAAGGCCUCGGAACUUCUCAUGCCGGACAAACGCAAGCGGCACAAUUCACGGUCCAAAAGCCCCCAAAAGCACAGAUACCUACAGCAGUUAUAGGCCCCUGAUCUGUAAAUGGAUCGGAUCCUACUAAAUUGAAUAAAUUUUUAUUGAUAUGCUCAAA